AUGGCCACUGUUCAGAUGGCCAAAGACUGGAAUGCUACUUUCCCACAAGUGGGGGACACCGGUGCCGAUGCUCCGGCCGGUUAUAUAACCUUGUGGGCGGAUUUUUUCACCCACGGUAACCUUAGGUUGCCGGUGACGGUGUUUGUGGCGGAGGUAUUGGAGUAUUAUCACCUCCAUAUCUCCCAGCUUAGUCCUUUCGGAAUGUUCCGAAUUCGGAAUUUUGAGUACACAUUCCGUGCCCAUGGCCUGCCCAUUUCAGUGGAGAAUUUCUGGCGUUUCUACCAGUUGACGGUGAACACCGGUUUUUUCUCGUUCACUCAAAGGCAUGGGAGUCUGAAGUUGAUGACACCCCCUAAGGGUGUGACAGGCUGGAAGAAGAGGUUCUUCUACGUGAAAGCCUGUGCGGUCUAUGCUAACAUGUCUUUCAGGAACGUCGAUGUUGGAGUUUCCGAUGAAGAUAUUCCUGUUGCUUCCGCAAAGACCGCGGACUGGUUCUCUAGGCUGCGGCCUAUUGAACUCAAGAAGUUGGAUAAUGACCAACUAUGGAUAUUGCGGAUGAUGCUCUCUAGACCGGAUAGGAAGGAAAGACCCGUGUUGCGGGAACAGGGUGGUGCGGAUGCGGUUGGCUUGUGGAGGAUGUUUGAGCCUGAUUUCAAGGGCCAGGUUGAACUGAUCGCGGUUGAGCUGAAGAAAGGUUUCAACCUUGAAAUUCUGAAGAACUUCCGCGUACCAUCAAAAGCGGUGCUGGAAGCCCCGGUUCCGGGAGACGCAAGAGGUACGUCUUACGUGGCAUUAGUUUUUUCAGUUUAUCUUUUUGACUGGUUCUGUUGAUUGUGUGA